GAGGAGUGUGUGUGUGGUUAAUGUGUCGCGUGGGAGAGCGUUCCCCUGGCGGCCGGUGGCCACUGUGACCUUCUGUCGGAGCUCUCGCCGGCCCGGUUGACCAGACAGGAGCGAACCGCGUCGACCACACAGGACUAACUGAGCCAGUGUGUGUGUGUGUGUGUGUGUGAGGUCAUGUCCGGCAUGACGAGUGGCGUGUGCGUGGAGAGCGACCUCUCCUCGAUGCUCCAGAGAAGCUCCGCCCCCUCCCACCAUCACCCCAACCACCAUGGCUACGGCGGCCAAGGACAGGUGUCCAGCCUGGCUCCGAUGCUGGACUACACCUCGGAGAUGGACCGGUACCGCUCGUCCAUCGCCAGCUUCUAUAAGACCAACGUCAACAUGAACAUGAACGUCACCAACUUCCCUCAGUCCGCCAAACUGGCGGCCCGUUUGGCUGCCGCCGCCCCCAUCUUCCCCCCGGCUGCAGCCAGACUGGGUGCCAUGGCGACGGCGCCCUGGGGCUGCCACGACAACAUGAACAUGAACGUGAACAUGAACCACCCGGCGGCCGUGUUCUGGGGGCGGCCCAAACCCACCCCCACGCACCAUCACCACCACCCCCACCACCACCCCGCCGCCACGCCGGGACACAUAACCUCACCGCACCCGCACGGGGCCAGCAUGCACCAGGGCGGCGGGCCGGGGGGGGGGGGAGGGGCGGGCGGCGAGGGGGGAGGAGCCGACAAACACGGACACACGGCGUCCUCACAGGGAACACACCACCACCCCAUGGCGCCCAGCAACGGGAACUUCCUCCCGGGGUACGGCGGCAACGGCGGGGCGGACUGCGGCACCUUGAACAAACAGGGACACGCCCACCCGGACAUGAUGGGCCUGUCGGAGGGCGGGAGCUGCAACGGGGGCGGGGUCAUGGGCAGCAGCUUCCUGGGGGGGCUGGGAUUACCCCCCGGGGUCAUCGUCAUGGCGAUGGGGUCGGCGGGGGGUGGGAUUUCGGACGCCGGCAGCGCCUUCCAGAUGACGGGCGGCCAGCGGGCUCUAACGGACUGCCAGCAGCACGCCACCUCUUCCCCCUGCCCCUCCUCCUCCUCGCCCUCGUCUUCAGGCGUGGCGCCUGGCGGCGUGGCCCUGUCCUCCUCCUCUUCCUCGUCGUCGGGCGCCGUGGCCAAGAGGAAGAGGAAGCGAUGCGGCGUGUGCGGCCCCUGCCGGCGCCUCAUCAACUGCGGGGUCUGUUCGUCUUGCCGCAACCGCAAGACGGGUCACCAGAUCUGCAAGUUCAGGAAGUGUGAAGAGCUGAAGAAAAAACCAGGAGGAGGAGGGGGUGGGCUGGAGCGGCCGCCGUCUGUCCCGACCGGCGAGGCGUUCCGCUGGUUCUUCUAGCCACCGAGCAGGAAGUCCUCACCGCACACAGACCGUAAACCGUGGGUUCAAAACUCGGACUACGACUUCCAGACGCUUAGCAGCAGGAUUACAAGCUCUCAAUGUGUGGAGGACUCUUAAAGACUACACAUCCAAGCUCGCCCGGAGCGGGGAGCUGGCCGGGGGGGCCGAGGCAGAGGGGGCGGUUUGACCACGGCCAAUCAGAGCUCAGAGUGAUGAUAUAUUUGUGGCACACUCUCCUGAACCUGUUUUCAGGUAAAUCCAAGACUCAGCUGUGGAAUAGAUUCACACAGGGAAACCAGACGUCUGGAGCCCUUAAAAACAGGAUUUAUGGUUAAAGAACCUCGUGGUCAGGGUUCAACAAAGAUCAUUCAUUUCAACUUCAGGUCGGUACUUUCUGAGCCGCUACUGACUAGCCGACGCUGAUUGGAUAAGGUUAUCAAAAAAGCUAAUUUAAAGCUAAUUUUGAAUUUUAAAUGCUAAUUUUACGUGUAGAAAAGCAUUUUUAGCCAAUCCUUGCUAGAUGGUUCCAUCGUCCCGUUAUGCCCUUUUCAGACUCCACAACAACAGAGAAAUUUGUUAUUGUUCUCGAGGUGGCAAGAACAAGAAAAAAAGUUAUUUUUGGCACAUUUUGACAUUUCAUACUUGACGAGAAUCUCCACGGCAGAACUCCUCACAGGGCCCUCCCGAGGCAGGUACUUUCUGAUCCGCUACUAACUAGUGGAGGCUGAUUGGAUACGCUGAGGGGUUAACAUCUCCUGCUCUGACUGCAGCUGAGGGACCGCUGCAGGAGGACUGGGCCACUUGUGAGUGCUUUGGGACGGUGCCUGCUACUCGUUAAGAAGAGUAGGAACGAGUCUCAAAACGUCUCCAAUAACACCAGAAAAAGUCCCUAGGUUUGUCGCUUUUUAGAAAAAGAGUCUCUAGAGGGGUCUGCAUAGUCUAGAUAUAGAGAAAAAGAGUCUCUAGAGGGUCUGAAUAGUCUAAAUAUAGAGACAAAGAGUCUCUAGAGGGUCUGAAUAGUCUAAAUAUAGAGACAAAGAGUCUCUAGAGGGUCUGAAUAGUCUAAAUAUAGAGACAAAGAGUCUCUAGAGGGUCUGAAUAGUCUAAAUAUAGAGACAAAGUCUCUAGAGGGUCUGAAUAGUCUAAAUAUAGAGACAAAGAGUCUCUAGAGGGUCUGAAUAGUCUAAAUAUAGAGACAAAGAGUCUCUAGAGGGUCUGAAUAGUCUAAAUAUAGAGACAAAGUCUCUAAGUUGGCAACAAAGCUAGCCGCGUCGGUCUGUUGUCACAUUAACUCCGUUGGUAAGCCGCUAUUAACGUACCUGUAUGGAAACAGAGGCCAAGGGGAACUAACUAGUGGGCGGAGCAAAAAAACUCAGACACUACAAAAAGGACUCAAUGGAAACACGCCUAUACUGUGUUCUUGACUCAUCUGGGCAGAACUUUAUUCUUAUGUGGUGUCCCAGAACUAUUGUUUAAUUGGUAAGAAGUUUUAAUUUGAAUGAGCCGUGUACUGCAGUGGGAGGGCCCUGUAAAGAGUCCUGCCAUGGACAUUCUCAUCAAGUAUGAAAUGUCCAAAUGUGCCAAAAAUAACUUUUUUUUCGUUCUUUAACCGCAGACUUCCCCAGGAAGGUUGAGCAACUUUUUACUAGUUAACCACUGAUAGAGAAGAUUAGAUGGUAGAUGAUACUCAGGUCUGCUCCUCUGCCACCUGGGAAACAAAUAAAUCACAGUCAACAUAUUUACAGAGUACCAAAACUGUCCCAACCGUUCCUCCGUUACUGGAUGGUCUUUCGUCUUACAGACACCCGGGACAGUUCUUCAGCUCCUCGUCACCAGUAGAUGUUUGCCUUGUCUGGGUCAGUCAGGUGACCGAUCUGCAGAUAACCAACCACAGUUUACCUCAGUCUGACGUAACUUAUGUAGCCUCCAUAGACUGACCGGUCGUUGGCUCAGUAAAUAGCCCUGUUUUGACUAGGGGGGAAAGUGGCCACCGGGAAAGUCUCAGGCCACACCCUCUCAAAAGUCUGCUCACUCUGCGUGUUUCAACUACAAGUUAGCCCCCAGAGGGAUUUACGAGACUCCGGAGGUGCUGCACAACGUUAGCAGCUGAAAGCAGCAUGGCUAGUUGUGCACAGUCUCCUCUGAUCAUAAACAUAGUGAUUGUAAAUUAACCGGCAUCGCUAACUGUGCCCGGAGUUUCUGGUGCUUGUUGUAAACAAACAGAGAUCGCUAAGUGAACACCUCCUGUAACAGCAGCACAUACACACUGUUCUGCUACAGAGCUAACUGUAGCUAACUGCCACUUAGGGCGGCUCUUCUUAACAAGCAGCGGCUCGUUAAGAAGAGUAAGAAGGAGUCGCUGUAUUUGUCUCCAGUUGUUUUCUUGAAAAAUAGUGGGAACACUGCUUUUCCGGCUUUUACAAAUGGCAUGUGUUGCUGUCCCGCUUAGCGAUUUAUCCAAUCAGUGACCAGGCUGUUUUCAGGGGAGGAAAAAGACCCUGCUCUUCAACAGGGAAGGGGGAAAAGUCCAGACAAAAGCCGGCUCCGGACUGCUCGUAUUCAAUUGGGGCAUUUCGGCAAGUGAGACCCACCUCAUUCCGGUUAUUGUCCGGGUAUUACCCGGUAGUGGAAACAGCCCUAAUGAGACUUGAUAGAAACAUUUUCAUAUGUUUACAAAGCCCUGAACACAACUGUUUCUGUUGUUCCUUUUUCCCCCUGAUGAUUCAGAGACACCUCACUACAAUCCUCACUCCCACAUGUAUUCUGAUGCAUUUCAUUGGCCAAGAGACCAAAAAUAGUUGGAAAUAACUACAAAUACUACAAAAUUACGUAUCCGCUUUCCCGGCUUCAAAGGUAUAAUAACGCAACAGCGCCCCCGGUUUUAAUGGUACAAAUGCGAUAAUGCUUUCCCGGCUCAAAUGGGUAAUCAAGAUUGAAGUAAAUAAAAGGUCCAGCUGGGACUCUGUUCCAGCAGAGAACCAAUAUUAAAGGACCCAAAAGACUCAGAAGUUUUGGUCUUACUAACAACCAGUUUCUGACUUGAGACGAGCAAUCAUGUCAAGUUAGAAAGCUCCAAAGGAACAUAGAGCAGUCAGGAAACGCCAUCAUUGAAGGUGAUUAAACCCAAAUUUCAGCGCACAAAAUUUAACCCUGUCACGACCAACUCUCUAUUCACAGCUGACCUGAGUUUACCUCCAUGGUUCAAACCGUCUCCUCCUCCUCUUCUUCCUCCUCCUCCCGGCCAAACCACGAGCCAGACCGUAGCCAAACCAGGAAGAUUCAGGCCUCCAGCAGGCCCACAGAAACUCUCACAGUUUGACCAAAACCGGACGACAAGUUAACCUCAAAGGAAAAACAUUACCGCAGAGGGAGUACAAACUGACCUCAGCAGGAAGUGAUCUAGGACUGUUAUCAAGGACUACACUUCCACCACAGUAGGACUACAAUUGCCACAUCACUGUUAUCUGUCUCUUCUGUCUACCUCCUCCUCAAGAACUUUAAAGGCACCUUGACUGAUUUUUACUGAGCUGUGUUCUUGCUGGUACGACUAGAUCUGCUUCUUAACUCUCUGACGGUCCUGAGCCGACCCACUCUUCCUGGAAUCUGGUGUUUAGAGUUUUUUUUUUAAUUUAUGACCAUACUCCUCUGUCUGUCUGAGGGAAGUCACAUGUCUGAUUCUUUUGUCUGGAUUUUAAUGGAAAGUUCUCAGGGCGCAGUCAAACUUCCAGAUGGUUUUAUAUGAACUAAAGCAGACUGGAAAAACUCA